UUGUUUAAUAUUAGUCUAAGUUUUCUUUUUAAUUACUGUAUAGAUUCCAGCUUUUUAAAACUCUCUCAAAAUGGCGAAGCAUCAUCCCGAUUUGAUCUUUUGCAGGAAACAGCCAGGUGUCGCCAUUGGCCGCCUUUGUGAAAAAUGUGAUGGCAAAUGUGUCAUUUGUGACUCCUACGUUCGACCCUGUACCCUAGUGCGCAUAUGUGAUGAAUGCAAUUAUGGAUCUUACCAAGGCCGAUGUGUCAUAUGUGGUGGCCCAGGUGUUUCAGAUGCAUACUACUGCAAAGAGUGCACAAUAAUGGAGAAAGAUAGAGAUGGCUGCCCAAAAAUUGUGAACCUUGGAAGUGCUAAAACAGAUCUUUUCUAUGAAAGAAAGAAGUACGGCUUCAAGAAGAGAUGACCAGUUAUACUUUAUUCCACCUUUUUUGUUUUUCUUUUUUCAGAAAAUUGUGGAUGUCUUUUUGUCAUAUAUGUUUGCCCAUAAAAGUUACUAAAUUUU